CAGUUGCAUUCCAAUCCAAUUCAUCCGUAUCAACAGUAUCUUUUUAGUUUGAUUGGUUUAAAUAAAUAACAGGAAGACGGAAAAUCAGAUACAUUGUUUUUUCAUACAUGACAUUCAGGUCACAAAGCGCGCGAAUUAUCACGUGUACUAAUAGUGUUAUGUGUUGGUGAAAUUAAUGAUAUUGUGAAGAUAAUUAUCAACAAAAUGACAAAUAGUAUGAAGCAAACUGUUAUUAAAAAUCCGACAUGGUGGAAAAGACGAUCAGCUUUGGAACGAGGACUGACGAUAAUUGCAGUUUGCGGAGUCCUUUUAUGUAUUGCCUUGGCAAUAAGUAUUGGUGUAAUAGUUACGAACUCGAGGUCAUGCAAUGGCACAGAUGCAGCCAACGCAAAAAAUGAAAUGCUACCAUCAACAGUUGAAGCUUUAGGAUUUAAUUCAUCAUUCCAAGCCUCACCUACUGUUGUUCAAGUUCCAGAUAAUAUUUGCGAUUCACCAUCAUGUGUUCAUACCGCCUCGAAGAUCCUAAAAAAUAUGGAUUCAUCUGUCGACCCGUGUGAUGACUUCUACAGAUUCGCCUGUGGUGGUUUUCUCAAGUCAACCAUCAUUCCUGAUGACAAAGUCAGCGUAAAUACAUUCAGUAUUAUUAGUGAUCAAGUUUUAGAGCAAUUAAGAAUGAGUAUAGAAGAUCCACGAUUAACAGAAAUGUCUAAUCCAUUUAGGCUGGUAAAAACUCUCUACAAGAGUUGCAUGAAUAAAACUGUUAUUGAAGAACAAGGACUUACUCCUUUGUUAAGUAUUGUAAAAAAACUCGGAGGAUGGCCGGUACUAGAAGGCGAUAUGUGGAAAGAUUACGAAUUUAACUGGAUGACAUCUGUCUUCAAGUUCCGUGAAAUGGGUUAUUCUGUUGAUUAUUUCAUAGACUUUAGCAUUGGUGUUGAUCUUAAAAACAGUACGAAGCGAGUUCUAGAUUUAGAUCAAGCUUCGCUUGGAUUAUCGCGAGAAUACUUAUCCAAAGGAUUUGAUGACAAGAUUGUAAAAGAAUAUUACCGGUACAUGGUCGAUAUUGCAGUAAUUCUCGGUGCUGAGCGAGAACGCGCUGAAGAAGAACUAAUGACGUCUCUUAAAUUUGAAAUGAAACUUGCCAAUAUAUCUUUGCCGGUUGAAAAACGACGUAAUGCAACUUUAUUGUACAAUCCGAUGACAAUAACAGAGCUAUCAAAUAAAUAUCCAAGUAUCCCUUGGAAGGAAUAUUUCAACAGAAUUCUCAAGCCUCAUGUUCAAGUUGAUGACAACGAAAUAACGAUCGUCAAUGUUCCUAGCUUCAUAUCAGACUUUGAACAGCUAAUGAAGUCAACACCAAAGAGGGUACAGGCUAAUUAUGUAAUGUGGCGGGCCGUUGCUGCAUCAGUGAGUUAUUUAAAUGAUGAAAUUCGCAAGAGACAACUUGAAUAUUCUACAGCCCUGAGUGGUAGAACGGAAAGAGAACCUCGAUGGAAAGAGUGUGUUGACAUUGUCUCCAGUACUUUAUCGAUAAGUGUUGGUGCUUUGUAUGUAAGGAAAUAUUUUAACGAGGACGCAAAGAAAAAUGCCGUGGAAAUGGUUUCGGACAUCCGUAAUCAGUUCAACAAAAUAUUAAAAACAGUUGACUGGAUGGAUGAAGUAACGAGAAAAAGUGCUCUGGAAAAAGCUGCAUCCAUGACAAGCCAUAUCGCGUAUCCUGAUGAGCUUUUGGAUGAUACGAAAUUGGAAGAAUUCUACGAAAAUCUACAACUUGAUGACAAUGCUUCUUAUUUGAAAAAUAUAUUGAACUUGACAUUAUUUGGCACAGAAUACUCAUUUAGCAAAUUAAGAAAACCGGUUAAUAAGAGUGAUUGGGUAUCACACGGCCGCCCAGCUGUUGUUAAUGCAUUUUAUUCAUCAAUUGAAAACAGUAUUCAAUUCCCGGCUGGAAUUCUUCAAGGUGCUUUCUUUAGUAAUGACCGUCCAAGAUACAUGAAUUAUGGUGCUAUUGGAUUCGUAAUUGGUCAUGAAAUCACUCACGGCUUUGAUGAUCAAGGAAGGCAGUUCGAUAAAGAUGGAAAUCUAGUCGAUUGGUGGGCACCAUCAACCAAAGAAAAAUAUCUAGAGAAGGCUGAAUGUAUAAUUAAUCAGUAUGGCAAUUAUACCGUAAAAGAAGUUGGAAAGAACUUGAAUGGAAUUAAUACUCAAGGUGAAAAUAUUGCGGACAAUGGAGGUAUAAAAGAAGCAUAUUUGGCUUAUAAAGAUUGGGCUGAUCGACACAAACCAGAGCCAACACUUCCUGGACUUUCUUUUACGCCGAGACAAAUGUUUUGGAUCAGUGCUGCUAACACUUGGUGCUCUGUAUACCGACCUGAAGCAUUAAAAUUACGUAUUACGACUGGAUUCCACAGUCCAGGUGAAUUCCGUAUUCUUGGACCACUUUCGAACAUGCCGGAAUUUGCUGAAGAUUUUCAAUGCCCGCUAGAAUCGAGGAUGAACCCAAAACACAAGUGUGCUGUGUGGUAAUAUUUUUAAUCAGGAAAAAUUCAUUUAUUUUUUCACCAUAUAGAUUUUUGUUGUUAUAUUAAGGUUAUAGUGACUGUUAAAUAUACGAAAUAAUUAAUUAUCAUCACUAUAUUUAAAAAUAAAGGUUUUGAUAAAAAUAUUUGAAAUAUUUGCAGAGUUUACAAUAUUUUUUUUUAUAGUAUUUUAUUAUGCAAAUAUUUUUAUGCUGUCAGAAUUUUUAAUGUUGGAAAAAACAUAUUAAAAAAAAAUUUCGAGAGAUGAAACUCUUAUUUUUAGAUUUUUCAAAAUGUACAUGAAAAUUUUAUACACUGAGGAUAAAUGCAUGGUUUUAUAUGGCUCAGUAACCAGUUGUUUUUUUUUUUUUUUUUUAUAAAAAUUUCAGGUAAACGUCAUCUAUCAUUAUUGAUAAUACUUCUAUGAAUAAUAAAUGUAGAGUAUCGAAUUUGAAAUGAUAAAUUUCAAGCACGUCUUUAGACUAAACCUCACCAGGAAAAAAAAAACGUUAGUAGCUUUACUUUUUUUGAUAUCAUAUAAUUUUUACAGUACAAAAUAUGACUCCAAAUUAAAAAUAAUUAAUUCUGAUCAAUAAAUAUUUAUUAUUCGGAAAAAAAUCCGAAUUUGCUUAUCUUCGAAUAGACGUUUAAAAAAGUGUAGUAAUAAAAAAUUAGUUUUUGUAUAAAUAAAUUCUUUUUAUUCUAUAAAAACUAUUAAAUAUUCAAAUAUAUUUAUACAAAAAUUUAAAAAUCCUUAUCUUUGCAGCAAAUUUAUUUAAUUCAUAUUUCUAAAUUUUGUCAUCUCGGAUUUUAAAA